GGCUGUCAGGUGGGAAACGAGACCUCAUGCCGCCCCUCGUCGCGGUGUUCCUGAUCAACAUGACCACGUACAAUCGUAUAUGGAAUGCAUUGGACGUGCAUGUUGCUGGCCUUAGGAACACCAGCAUCAUUGAGAAGAUUGUCCAUUAUGCUCCAAAGGUUUGUACUCCAAUAAACCUUCGACAUGCUUUAUGUAUUGUAGGAACUAGUACAUCUUUUGAGCUAUUUAAUGUGUGUUUUCUUUGUGAUGGUUGGCCAGGAGGACAGUUCAGAACUACCUCUACAUUUGCCAGACAGAUCACUUGGCCUUGAAAAUUUUAGCCUAAACAAGUCGCAGAAGAUGGCAGUCCUUGACUGUGUUUCAGCAAUGGAGCAGCAAGGUACGUACCCUGUGCGCCUGAUAUGGGGACCUCCUGGCACGGGUAAGACCAAGACGAUCAGCAUGCUCUUGUGGUCCAUGAUGGUCAAGAACCAUAGAACUCUGACCUGCGCUCCGACCAACACUGCGGUGGUGGAGGUCGCGUCUCGGAUCCUCGGACUCAUCGAGGAAUCCUCUGCCGGCGGUGGAAAUGGCUGCUUUCUGAGUGAUGUUGUGCUGUUUGGAAACGAGGAUCGAAUGACCGUCGAUCAGGACCUCACAAAGAUCUUCCUGGAGAAGCGUGUUCGCCGUCUCCAGAAGUGCUUGAUGCCAAGUUCAGGGUGGACCAGCUGCCUGAGCUCCAUGGUACGGAUUCUUGAGGAACCUUUGGUUCAGUAUGCUUCCUACGUUGAGCAGACUAAACGGCUGAUCGAGGAACGUGCCAAGAGGGAAAAAGAGGAACUUGCGAGGAAGAAGGCGGCGAAGAACAAAGACUUGGAGAUGAAGCAGGACGUUGCAAAGAAGGAAGCUGAUAAUAAGAAGAGCAUAAAGAUACAGUCGUUCAAAGAAUACUUCAUGAGUAGCUACAAAAGUAUUGAGAAAGAGCUGCGCACCUGCAUCGAGACUUUCUGCGACGAUCUCCCAAGAUCCGCCACGCCUAGAGAGAAUUUCCAGUGCAUGACAGAGGUUCUGCACCUGCUUACAGAGUUUGGGAAGCAAGUGCACCCCGAAGCAGAGAAGCAGCUGCAGACGCUGUUCAGGGACACGUCGGACGGGAAGAACAGCGGCCUGUUUCAGAGUCUGGUGUCAUACGCUCAAGACAGCGUGCGCUCAGAGCUUAGGCAGGCGAGAGCCCAGUGCAUCGACAAGCUGAACUACCUGUCUAACAACUUUGACCUUCCCAAUAUUUUCGACAAGCGGUCGAUCGAGGAGUUCUUGCUGCAGAACAGCAGGAGCGUGCUCUGCACCGCGUCAAGCUCGGCUCGCCUGCACUACCUGCAGAAGGCCGAGCCGUUUGACAUCCUCGUCGUCGAUGAGGCGGCGCAGCUCAAGGAGUGUGAGUCUAUGAUACCCCUGCAGAUCCCUGGGAUCCGGCUCGCUGUCCUCAUCGGCGAUGAGUACCAGCUGCCGGCACUCGUGAAGAGCCAGGUCUGUGAUGAAGCCGACUUCGGAAGGAGCCUGUUCGAGAGGCUGAGUUCGCUGGGGCACCCCAAGCACCUUCUUAAUGUGCAGUACAGGAUGCACCCGGGGAUAAGCAGGUUCCCGGUCUCGAGCUUUUACGGCGGCCAGAUCGACGACGGCGAGAACGUCCUGCGCAGGGACUACGAGCGGAGGCAUCUGACCGGCCCGAUGUACGGGUCCUACUCCUUCAUCAACAUCGAAGGCGGAAAGGAGAGCUCCGGCAAGCAUGACAAGAGCCUCGUCAACACCAUCGAGGUCGCCGCCGUGACCCGCAUCGUGCAGAGGCUCUUCAGAGAGUCGGUGGAGACGGGGAGGAAGCUGAGCGUGGGCGUGGUGUCGCCGUACAAGGGCCAGGUCCGCGCCAUCCAGGAGAAGCUGGGCAAGACGUACGAGACGCACGGCGGGUUCUCGGUGAAGGUCCGGUCGGUGGACGGGUUCCAGGGCGCCGAGGAGGACAUCAUCAUCUUCUCCACCGUGCGGAGCAACAGCACUGUUAAAUUCACCGGCUCCGUCGGCUUCCUCAACAACGUCAACCGCACGCUCACACGGGCCAAGCACUGUCUGUGGAUCGUAGGGAACGCGACGACAUUGGUGACCAGCAAGACGGUGUGGCAGAAGAUAGUGGUGGACGCCAAGGAGAGGGGCUGCUUCUUCAACGCCAACGACGACAAGGACCUCUCGGGCGCCAUCGUCAAGGCCGUCAUCGAGCUUGACGAAACGGAGAGUGUGCUGAGCACGGAGAUGGAAAUCCAAGACAAAGUGGUAGAAGGUAUUACCAGCCAUGUGCUCUGUAGGACAGUAGAAGGGCAAUGCCCGAAGGUCGCUGCGCCAGCUCUAUACAACAUAUCAAUGCGCAAGAACCGAUCGGUGAAGGAGGCGCUAGCACAUGACACAUGGCUUAUGGACCUUCAAAGUGGACUGACAGAACAAAUGACCGACGAGCUCACGAAGCUGGCUGCCCUGUUGGAUGAUGUACAGCUGCAAUCUGACCAACAAGACAGCAUUGUUCUUCGUCUGGACUGCAAUCUUGAGCAAAAUACUUACUGCUGA